GAGCUCCGGGUGGCGCGCAGGCGCAGUGGGCCUUGACCGUGUCGUGCUCUCCCUGCCCGUCAAUGGAGCCCUCCGUGCGAGUCGCUGACUUCGAGGCGGUGGAGAGGCACCGGGCCGUUCUGCAGCAGCGGUUGUGUGUGGACACCGAGCUUGGCGAUGUCAGCCAACAGCUGGUGCGUACGGAGCCACUGGGCAGCUCUGAUGUUCUUAAAAAGAUUGAAAAUGUUGUCAAAGAGACACUCACAUAUCUUGCGAAGGGAGAAGCCCCAGUUAUCACUUUUGACAAACGAUCAUCCUGGGAGAAUAUUUGGUUUGAUGGCAAUGUUGGUUUGCAAAUGGUAUCUGAUUCUGCUAUGAGCAAAGUGAAAUGUGAGUGUCCCAGAUCAAUCCACAGGUUUGCUCUAAUACUUAAGGCUCUGGCGAUGAUCUACAAAUUGGUGCAGAGCAAUACUUACGCAACGAAAAGAGACCUGUACUACAAUGAAUCACAGUUGUUUGGAUCACAAAUGAUUCUUGAUGGUAUUAUCAAUGAUAUAAGCUGCAUGUUAAAAGUCCCACGCAGGUCUCUUCAUGUACUUUCUACGUCUAAAGGCUGCAUUGCGGGUGAUCUAUGCUAUACGGAGGAAGAUGGCAACAGAGUGAACUGUGCUUGCAAUUCUACUGCUAUUCUUGUGCCAUCCAAUGUGGAUGGGAUACAAAAUUUAAAAUCUGCUGCUAAAUUUGUGCUUGUAGUUGAAAAAGAUGCCACCUUCCAGAGGUUAUUGGACGAUGACUUUUGCACCAAAUUGUUCCCAUGUAUUAUUAUAACUGGGAAGGGAGUACCAGAUCUAAGCACCAGACUGAUGGUCCGGAAACUGUGGGACAUUCUGCACAUCCCAGCUUUUGCCCUUGUGGAUGCUGACCCACAUGGCAUUGAAAUCAUGUGUAUCUACAAGUAUGGUUCGAGGUCUAUGUCCUUUGAUGCUCACAGUCUGACUGUUCCCAUUAUUAGUUGGUUGGGUUUGCUUCCAUCUGAUAUUCAAAGAUUAAAUAUACCAAAAGAAGUUUUAAUUCCCCUUACUAACAAUGAUAUGAGGAAGUUGAGCAAGCUGCAGAAGAGACCCUAUGUUAAUUGUCAACCCCUCUGGAAGAAAGAGAUGGAAAUUAUGGAGACGUGUAAAGUGAAGGCUGAAAUACAGGCCCUGGAAUCUAUUUCUUCUGACUACCUGACAAGAGUAUACUUACCAAACAAACUCAAGUUUGGUGGAUGGAUAUAACAAAACUGUCUGUGUUAUUUGAAGUGAUGUAUUCAUACAUUUGACUGUAUUCAAGUGAAUUACAUGUCUGAUUUGAGUUGACAUGCCAGCUGUUCAGCUUUUAUAUUGCUUGAUGUAACACCAAUUGAUUGUUAGUUGAUGUGGUGCCGAGGUGUUGUCAUCUCUGGCUGAGUUGGUUUGUCAGAUGUUUAGCACUUUUGCUCAGAUUGCUGGUUAGUUAUUCAGCCUUUUGUUUUGUUGUCUUGGUGAAGUUGAAAUUUUGGUCAGAUGUAUCUAUUCACUUGGUGAGUAAGCUGAAAUAUACCUGUUCAGUUGAUGUGUCUGCUGUAAACUAGUUGGCGCACCAGUUAUUGAGUGGUGCGGUUGGCUUUUUUAUUUGCUGUUAGUGUUAAGGUCAACUCCACUGAAAGUAGUAACAUAUUCCAUGGAAUACAUUAAUUUGUAGUUUUAAGAUCCACGAAUACCUAGAGCAGUUGUACUUCAUUAUCGAACAUUUUCACUUUCAAGUUUGUGACUGAUUUCCAAAAUAAAUAGGAUAAUUGUUAUACGUAAACGAUAGUAUUCAGUCACUACUUAAGGGCUCAGAUUAUGUUAUGAACAGUAAUGACAAAGCCACAGUGGUUUCUAAUGAUAAGAAAAUGAAAAGAUUAGGUGGAAGGCAUGUGCCCAAUAGCUGUGACCUCACCGUGACAAGGGAACAAUCCUUUCCCUUGCAGGAGAGGAUCAGAACCACUCCUGUAGGGACGCAGAGUCAUCGCUGUCCUGGCAACUGACUAAAUCUCACUUAUUCUUGCACUGAAACACUGACAUUAACCUGUGAGUGUCAUGCAUUGGACACUUGUAACCUGUGGCCAUGAUGGAUCACCCUCCAAGGACCAAUGACAUGCAACCAGGUACAGGCCCCUUCAACCGCAUCUUUGGAACUGGAUGCCUCAGUGAUGUGCAGCAGGAGGGAGAAGAGAAGUAUACUGAAGGCAUGAGGGCCACAGCUCACAGUAUGUACAUAGUUAGUUAUGAUUGUAAAUGUUUGUUAUACAUUCAUAUGGUUAUCCCUGUCUGUGUUGGACUUAUGUGCUCCAUUGUGCUCCACAGCAUCACUGCCAUGGCAGUAAUGAGAUGCAAUAUUUGGGGUCUGUGAAGAACAACAGUAGCAAAGCGUCUAUAUGUGCUUGGCUCACCUGAUGCUUCAGGCCUCCCUUUCAACAUUGCCUAUUAUCUAGCUAAGAAAUGUAUAUAUCAGGCAAUACCCUGGCAGUGAUGUUAAAUGGGAGGUGCAGCACAGAGAGAGGGGCAAUGCUGCAGGUUUACCAGGGAGUAGGCACCCUGCACGUUUGACCCGCCAAUGUAGGGUCCUAGAGAUGUACAGCACAGAAACAGAUCCUUCGGUCCAACUAGUCAGUGUCAAUGAGAUAUCCUAAGUUAAUCCAGUCCCAUUUUCCAGCACAUGACCCAUGUCUCUUGCAACCCUCCCUUUUCACAUACCCAUCCAAGUGCCUUUUAAAUUUUGUAAUUGUACCAGCCUCCACCACUUCCUCUGGCAGC